UGCACCUAACCUGCAUGUCUUUGGACUGUGGGAGGAAACCCAAGCAGACACGGGGAGAACAUGCAAACUCCCGCUCAUCCAGUUCCUGUUUAACCUUUGUCUUUCCCAGUAGCCUUAAGUUCAAGUAACUUAUAGUGGACAAAUUUGGGGGGUCAACUUACCUAACAUGCAGGUCGUUGGGAUGUGGGCAAAAAAUCAGGGAAGGCAGAGAAAAUCCCUCACGGACACAGAGAGAAUAUCAAACCACCGCAACGAGAGUGCCUAGGCCAGAAUUUGAUUCUGAUACUUUGGUGCUGAGAGUCAGCAGUGCAAACCACUAAGAAACAUCUCGUAUUUUGUGUAGCAUCAUUUCACUGUAAACACUAUCGCAAAGGAAUUUAUAAGUGAAGAUUCUUGUAAAUGGUUUGCCAAUACUGUAUGCCAAAUUGUUUCCUAUUUUAGAAGCACUUUUUUCAAAUGUUUACAAAUGUAUAAUUGUGGUGCUUCUUAAAUUUAAGGAGUUUCAAUUGUCACACUCCACAGGACUUGAAAUCAUCUUUCUGGGUAAACAAGAAAUUCUCCAGUUGCAGGUGUCUGGCGAAGAGAAGGCAGUUUCAUGGGAAAGCAGUUCUGCAUUUAUAGGUUCACCUUGCAAAAGCAAGUCUACAUUUAAUAUACCUCGAAUGGCCUCUAAACUAGCAGAUAUUGUCUGUUAAGUAGAAGUCUGUUGAAAAAAGGGAAACAAUACUGGCAUUUCAGUCUUACUGUUUGCACAUCACGGUGUGGUGGUAGGAUUUCUAGCAUAUAAGCUGAUGAAAUUUGUACUGUAAACUUGACAAACCAAAUGUGACACUUGUGUUCCAGGAGGUAUGUUUUACUUCUCUGACAAGAACAGUGGUGCUUUGAAUGUUUACAAUUCCAGCUCCCCAGUCUUUAGGACGGACACGGGAUAUGAAAUUUAUGGUGAAGGGGAUGGAGCUUCAGACCAUCUUGGCCAGGCUUGCUGUUUUUGGACUUGGAACUUAUAAGCCAUCUGCCACAGGAAGGCCAUAAACUGACUAAACAAAGCGAACUUGUACUUGAGUGUUUUCAUUGGUAAAUGGCCAGGGAAUGGGCAGAUAAACUAACUCUACUGGUCUGAAGUAUGGCUGUUAAUGAGUGGAGUUGAAUCAAUGGCCAUUCUGUACCACACUGCCUCACUGGUGUCUCUCUCUCUCACACACCAUCUGGCCAUGAAGAGAAGACAACAUUGAAUACAACUCUACCUUGGCAGCCAUCUUGAGACAAGCAUGUGGCCUGUUUCAAUCCUCCAUUCAAAGGCCAUGUGGUAGUAAAGCAAGCUAGGCUGAAGAUAAGCUGAGAGCCACCCAUGGACACAAGAUACACUGCAAAUUGCCUGACAGGGGAAGGGAAGAAGUGGAGGACGUCCUGAAGUACCAGACCACAGAGUUACAGAAGCACUACAGCUUAAUCAGACAUUCCUGAUUCUUCUUCAUUGAGAGUAUGAAGACCUUAGUUGCAGCAAACCAGGGGUUCCUCACCUGGGGUGUGACGAAGAGGAAGGUUGUGUUCCACUUUGCCAGUGAGUCAUGCUGACCGACCUUCUACAGAAGAGAGCGUCCUGACCAGCUGCAUCACUGUCUGGACUGUAAAUUGCACUGUCCUGGAUGGCUAGACCCGGAAGAAAAUAGCGAGAACAGCUGAGAAGAUCAUUGGAAUCUCUUCCCCCUCCAUUACGGACAUGUACACCACACGCUGCAUCUGCAAAGCCUCCAGUAUCGUGGAGGACCCGAUGCACCCUAUACAUAAACUAUCCUGCCAUCAAGAAAAAGCUGCAGCACCCCAAUUCCAAGUGUAUGCUCCUCAGCCUGAAGUCAGGGUACGUCUCCACGCCGAUGUUGUGCUUCCCUGUGGUUUCAUUCUGUCAGCCCCAGAACACGGCCUGAAAUACGUCAUUAUAACUUGGAGACGCGGUGAGGUAGAGCUGGUACAGUAUAAAGAUGGGAGGGUGACAAACACCAGCAAGGCAAAGCUGUUUGAACAUGAACUGCAAAAUGGAAAUGCCACCCUGCUCCUCCCAGACAUUACCAUUGAGGAUGAAGGAGACUAUGAGUGUGAAGUGUAUGAGACUCCAAUCAAGGUGAAGAAGAAUGUGCAGCUUAAAGUUACCGCUGCUCCUCGAGUUUCCCUGAAGUCUCCUCUGCUAGUGAUUGGUCAGGUUAAUAUACUGGAGUGCCACGCACAUGACUUUUACCCUAACACCAUUUCAUUAGAGUGGAUUAAACACAACAACAGUCUUCCAAAUAAAGAGACUCCAUUGCUGAGUGAAAAUUCAAAUGGCACUUUCAAUGCAGUGAGCAGAUACAACUAUACGUCAGUCACUGGGGACGAGGGGUUGUCCUUCUGCUGUCUGGUGAACCACGAGGCUUUGGAUAAGAGCACAAUGGAAAUUCACCUCCAGCCCUGCAAACCAACUCUGACAGUUUCACCCAGAGUCCUCCAAAGGGGCCAAAUGGAGAGUAUCACCUGUACGCUGGACAGCUGCCUCUUCAGUAAGGCCACCGUGAGCUGGAAAAGAAAAGGAGAAACUGAAAAGAGAAACGAAUGUGAGGGGGUGAGGGAGUGUGUGUGCAAUUUGAACAUCAUAUUGAACUAUCCAGAGGACUUCUCAUGUGAGGGUGAAGCUGAAGGUCUUGACAAGCCCCUAACUGAACCUUACGUUUUUACUUUUAAAGAUCAAGAAAGCUAUCACCUUACAGAACUAAUUAGAAUUGUGCUUGGUAACGGGCUGCUUUUGCUGCUGCUGCUCUUUGUAAUUCCCUUAUGCUAUGUAUUGAGGCAUUAAGUGUAAGAGCCCAAGCUCAGUGGCUCCUCAGCUGUCCUCCCAUUAUGAGUCUGCUAUGUGGUACCACUGAUGACCUCCUGAACGUUGACUCCUGAAAGGAAGCAUCACUAAAUCCAAUGUUCCAAUGAGAAAUUUCAAGAUAAUGAAUCCAGAUGAUUCCUUAACAGAAACUUUAGAGGAAUUUCAAAAUGGGGAAUGAAACUUAGAUACGUCACGAUAACCCAAAAUUCAAACAACAAUCAAAACAAAUCAAAGCUUGCAGACACUCAUUGAAAAGUAACAUGCUUGCGUUUGAUAUGCUGAUGUUUCUCUUAACAAGUCACAUUUAAAACAUUUUGAUUGCCUCUUAAAUGUAUUAUGUCGUGAGGACCACCGCUAAGAAUAGCUGUCAUUACAAAUAAGGUUUCACAAAAGGCCCAAAAGAAAGACAGGGAAGGGAUAAGCAAAGAGAAGAACAUAAAAGAACGCAGCACUCAGAAACCUUCACUGAGAUAUUUUCCAAAGCCUGUUACAAAUGUCCAGGUAUUGUAUUUUAUAUAUUUUACGGGUAGAGCCAGAAAUGGGAUAAACCUAGCAUUACCCAGUUAAAGCUCAUAUUAUCCAAAACACCUGGAUAAACCUGGCAUUAUUGGGGUAAAAUCGGGCUUUAUCCAGGUAAACUGUGACCUACCUAUGGGUUAAGUUAUUUGAAAAUCAUUUUUAACCCGUUCGGGGAUAGACAAACCUAAGAUUACCCAUGUAAAGAUAGAAAGUCAUAUUUUAUUCCAGUUUUGCCCAGGUCUUUCAAUAAUGUGAGCUUUACCCGGGUAAUGCUAACUUUAUCCAAUUUUCAGGCUUUACCUAUAAUACAUAUAUACAGUAUUUAAAAUGGCAUCUUUAAUGUUUACCACUUUAAUAAAAGAAAAAUUGUGUUCAGUGAUAAAAAGUUUUCUAAGGAGAAUGCAGAUGGAUGGGCAUCUCAGCUGGUUUGGUUAGUGGUAUAAUUUUCCAGGCUGGGAGUCCCUUAUGGAGAAAGGGCCAAAGGAGGCUGCCUCUCAGGGCCCUGUUUAUCCUCCAAUAUGCUAAGUGGCAGCAACCCUCUAGUAUGGCUCCAAUUUAGACACCCACAGGACCUCAUGGGAGAUGUAGUCCUGGUGAGCAACUUUGUUGGAGUCAUUGUGUACUGGGGACAGGCUCUCACGUCAGAGGGAAGUUCCACCCAACAUGAAAGUGCUUCCAGAUUACAGUGCUGAUGUGUCAGAAGUGCUACCGCUGGUCCAGGUUAAAAAGGAGCACUCCAUCUUCCUCAGGUGAGUCAUAGUUGUGAAUGGUGUUGGGCAAAUCUCACCUGGGAUGAGACAGACAUGAAUUGUGUAUUCUGUAUUCUUGAAGGAGAAGAAGCCUGGUAUUUGUAACAAAAUAAAAAUACUUUACUUGAAUCAGUGACUUGUCUGUGACAUUGUGUCUGGGGCUUAAUUAUGCCCCCUACAGAUUACAAUCAUAAUGUAGCUUCUUUUCUUAAGUGACCCUAUAUUAAAAUUUACACUUUAAUAUACUUUAUAAUAAUACUAAUAUCAAAUGGCGUGCCAAAGGUUAAACGCACUGGGGUAAUAAACAAAUUACUGUCGGAUGGGAGACUCUCAAAAUCCACGCCCUUUAAUAUUUUUUAUUUGAGGUCAUUACAUAUUAAUGUCUGUGGUGCGCUGGCACAGUGCCCGGGGUUUGUUUCCUGCCUUGUGCCCUGUGUUGGCUGGGAUUGGCUCCAGCAGACCACCGUGACCCUGUUUUAGGAUACAGCGGGUUAGAUAAUGGAUGGGUGGAUACAUAUUAAUGUAUAUAGCUCACCACAAUAUACAGUAUAACAUUUCUUAAUGCCAAUGCAAAGUAUACAUAGUAGUUGGAAAGUUUAGUCUUUUUUUCUUUUGUUUAGGCUAUUUUUAGAUACUUUAAGAAACU